UAACAUCAUAAUGUGUGCAUGAUAUCAUUGUUUAUACUCGCGGAGCGGGUAAUGAUUCUUUUGUAAACAUAACCUUUCGAGCAAAAAAGAAUAACAAUGGCCACGUGCUUGUGUAGAUGCUGAAGGAAAAUAUAUAAGCUGGGCUGGACUGCAAUCGUCUAUGUUUCAGAGAAAAAGAAUCAUAAGCGAUAAAUUUAACUUCAUCUUAUUAUGGCUGAAAUUAUAACAAGAAUGUAUAGAUACCGAAUGGUUCUGUUUAUAUUUUGGUUGUGCGUGCCACUAGUUGUUUCAAGCAGUGUAUUUCACGAGGUGGAUUUGCAGAAUGCUGUGGACCCGGGCGUCUCCAGGGGUGAUAUUCCAGAGGAACACAUGAAUGUGACCCAGCUGGUCACGAGCAAAGGUUACCCGUGCGAAGAAUAUGACGUAGUGACCAAGGACGGCUAUAUUCUGGGCGUCCAGAGAAUCCAGCAUGGAAAAACGAGGCUCCUAUCUGGCGGUCAGCGGCCUGUGGUCCUUCUGCAGCACGGGUUGCUGUCCAGUUCCGCCGACUGGGUGAUAAACCCCGCCAACGAGAGCCUGGGGUUUCUCCUUGCAGACUCCGGGUUUGACGUGUGGCUAGGAAACAGUCGGGGAAAUACUUAUUCCUUGCGGCACCAGACCAUCUCACCCGACAGCCAGCAGUUCUGGGACUUCAGCUGGGACGAAAUGGCAGCGUACGACUUGCCGGCCACCGUCAGUAAGGUACUUGAAGUUUCCGGUGCCACGGAUCUCGUGUACAUUGGUUACUCCCAGGGUUCCCAGAUGGCCUUCGCUCGCCUCUCCACAGACCUGAAGUUGAGUAGACAGGUCCGCCUGUUUGUCGCCCUGGCACCUGUGGCAUACAUUGGGAAUGUCAUUUCACCGUUACGCUACUUUUCACCAUUCGCAUAUGAUCUCGCGUUCUUGUUCCGGUUGCUCGGGGUAAAGGAUUUUCUGCCCAGCGAUUGGCUGUUCCACUGGCUGGCGCGUGAAGUAUGUGGUCAUGAGAUUCCCGACUUUUUGUGCGAGAACAUUCUUUUCCUGUUUGGCGGCUUCGACUACAAGUACAUGAACAUGACCCGCAUCCCCGUGUACGUUUCCCACUCUCCGGCAGGAACCUCGGUGAAGAACAUCAUCCACUAUGCCCAGUCUGUACGUUCAGGAAAGUUUCAGAAGUUUGACUAUGGAAGUCAAGAAAACAUGCAGAAAUAUAACCAACCCACGCCGCCACAGUAUGUACCGGGAAACAUUCGGGUACCAGUUGCACUGUACUCCGGAACAGAUGAUUGGUUGGCCGUCCCACGUGAUGUCGCCAGAUUGAGGCAGGAAUUACGUCACGUCGUGAAAAAUCACGUGAUACCGGAUUGGGAGCAUCUUGACUUUACAUGGGCAAUCAAUGGGCCCAGUGCAUGCUUUGGCGAUGUCAUUGAACUUAUUAGAAUGUAUUAUAAUAUAGCAUGAGAGUAAAGAAGUAUGUUUUUAUAAUAAUGAAACUGCAGUAUUUCGCUUCAUUUUGUCAAAAAGCAAAUUCAGAUUGAGUUUGAUAUUUGGAAUAAACAUUAUAUAAAACAGAA